AUGAUUCGAGACGCGUACAUUGUUCCUGGCACCGUAAAACUAAAUGCCUGUGAGCUAACACGCAAAGCCGGUAGCAACGCUCGUACUUGCUAUCCAGCUCACCGCUACGCUUGCCACACAGUUCACCUCUACGCCUUCCACCCAGUUCACCGCUACGCCCCCAACCCAGUUAACCGCUACGCCCUACAUCCAGUUAACUGCUACGCCCCCAAUCCAGUUCACCGCUACACCCCACAUCCAGCUCACCGCUACGCUCGCCACACAGUUCACCGCUACGCAUUCCAACCAGUUCACUGCUACGCUUGCCACAUAAUUCACCGCUACGCCUUCCACCCAGUUCACCGCUACGCCCCCAACCCAGUUAACCGCUACGCCCCACAUCCAGUUAACCGCUACGCCCCACAUCCAGUUAACCGCUACACAUCCCACCCAGUUCACCGCUACGCCUCCAACCCAGUUAAACGCUACGCAUCCAACCCAGUUAACCGCUACGCCUCCCAUCCAGUUCACCGCUACGCCUCAAACCCAGUCAACCGCUACGCCUCCCAUCCAGUUUACCGCUUCGUCUCAAACCCAGUUCACCGCUACGCCAUCCAACCAGUUCAACGCUACACUUCCCAUCCAGUUCACCGCUAUGCCUCCCAUCCAGUUCACCGCUACGCCCCCAACCCAGUUAACCGCUACGCCUCAAACCCAGUUCACCGCUACACAUCCCACCCAGUUCACCGCUACGUCUCCAACCCAGUUAACCGCUACGCCUCCAACCCAGUUAACCGCUACGCCUCCCAUCAAGUUCAGCGCUACACCUCCCAUCCAGUUCACCGCUGCGCCUCCCACCUAGUUUAUCGCUACACCUCCCAUCCUGUUCACCGCUACGCCUCCCACCCAGUUCACCGCUACGCCUCCCAUCCAGUUCACUGCUACGCCUCCCACCCAGUUCACCGCUACACCUCCCAUCCAGUACAACGCCACGCCUCAAACCCAGUCCACCGCUACAUAUCCCACCCAGAUCACUGCUACACUUGCCAUCCAGUUCACCGCUACGCCUCCCAUCUAGUUCACCGUUACGCCUCAAAUCCAGUUCACAGCUACAUAUCCCACCCAGUUCACCGUUCAAAGCUACGCCUCAAACCCAGUUCACCGCUACAUAUCCCACCCAGUUCACUGCUACACCUCCCAUCCAGUUCACCACUACGCCUAAAACCCAGUUCACCGCUACAUAUCCCACCCAGUUCACUGCUACACUUGCCAUCCAGUUCAAAGCUACGCUUCAAACCCAGUUCACCGCUACAUAUCCCACCCAGUUCACUGCUACACUUGCCAUCAAGUUCAAAGCUACGUCUCAAACCCAGUUCACCGCUACGCCUCCCAUCUAGUUCACCGCUACGCCUCCCACCCAGUUCACCGCUACGCCUCCCACCGGUUAAUCGCUACGCCUCAAACCCAGUUCACCGCUACGCCUUCCACACAGUUCACCGCUACGCCUCACACCCCGUUCACCGCUACGCCUCAAACCCAGUUCACCGCUACACUUGCCACCCAGUUCAGCACUACACCUGCCAACCUGUUCACCGCUACGUUCUCAAACCCAGUUCACCGCUACGCCUCAAACCCAGUUCACCGCUACACCUCCCAUCCAGUUCACCGCUACAUAUCCCACCCAGUUCACUGCUACACUUGCCAUCCAGUACAACGCAACGCCUCAAACCCAGUUCACCGCUACAUAUCCCUACCAGUUCAAUGCUACACUUGCCAUCCAGUUCAACGCUACACCACAAACCCAGUUCAACGCUACAUAUCCCACCAAGUUCAUUGCUACACAUGCCAUCCAGCUCAACGCUACGCCUCAAACCCAGUUCACCGCUACGCCUCCCAUCUAGUUUACCGUUACGCCUCAAAUCCAGUUCACCGCUACAUACCCCACCCAGCUCAGCACUACACCUGCCAACCUGUUCACCGCUACGUUCUCAAACCCAGUUCACCGCUACGCCUCAAACUCAGUUCACCGCUACACCUCCCAUCCUGUUCACCGCUACAUAUCCCAUCCAGUUCACCGCUACACUUGCCACCCAGCUCAGCGCUACACCUGCCAACCUGUUCACCGCUACGCCUCCCACCCAGCUCACCGCUACACUUCCAACCCAGUUCUCCGCUACGCCUCCCACCCAGCUCACCGCUACACUUGCAACCCGGUUCACAGCUACGAAUGCCAACCUGUUCACUGCUACGCCUGCCAACCUGUUCACUGUUACGUCUGCCAACCUGUCACCGCUACGCUAG